GGAAGUAUAUAAACUAAAUCAGCAACUCCCAGAUAUUAUUUCAUAGUAUCCAAAUGAUAGUUGACACCGUUUUUUCCCCCCACGUGAAAGACGUAAAUAAUCAUAAAUGUGGAAGUAAAAUAUACUGGUGAUUAUUCUUGAUUAUGAGCGACAGAUUAAAGAAACGGGACACAAAAAUCAACAGGAAAGAAAAACAACAGUACAAAACGUUUAUUGGAAGUCGUGCUGAAGGACAGGGUUUUGCAGACAGAAGGAAAAAGAAAAUACAGUAUGAAUAUCUCAAGUUGAAGAAAAAAGAAAACAAGGCUGUAUAUGAUGGCCGACCUAUUAAAGACAGACAUGGAAUGCACCCAGAAGGAAGCAGACCAUCAUUCAAGGGACAACAUGCAUUCACUAAAACCCAAACUUUGUUUCAAAGACAGAAAGAAGAGAAAAUGAAGGAAAAAAAGGAGAUCAUGAUCAAGAAAAAGGAAGUAGACAAUGCUCUUCAAAAAUACAAUAACUCAAAGAAAUCUAAAUUUUUGAAAUUGUGUAAACGAACUCAUAAAGGACAACCUGUGAUGAAGAACCAGAUCGAGUAUUUACUGGAGAAAAUUCAAAAACAGACUGAACACACGUGAAUAAAAAGAUCCAUAUCUGAUUUCUGCUUAUUUCUGCCAAUUUAAUGUUUAUUUCACCUGUACAAACUGACCUGGGGCAAGUUCAGCCAACCAUUUGUCACUAAUGCUACACAUAAAACCAAAUGACCACUGCAAGAAUCAGUCAGAAUAGUUUGUAAACGUUUACAAAAAACGUCUGGCUGAACUUAAGCCUGUAUUGAGCCAUCACCAGUGUAUUCAUUGACUUAGCUUUCACUUGUAUAUUACUCACAAUUUUCACAUUAUCAGAUUCAUGAUGGUCGGUCACUAAGUCACGUUUGAUGAAAACAUACAAACCUGUAGCACCUCUGGAAGUUUUGAGAGUCGGAUGAUGUGUUGAUCAGGGGACAAUAUUUCAAAAUUUUACCAGCAGGAACCAGCUUCGUGUAAUUUUCACCCAGGCAACUGAUUGUUUGGUUACUCAAUUACAUCUGCAUUGCAAAUAAAAUUGUAAUGAUC